CCCCUUCCCGCGCACCGCGGUCCCGGUUUAGGGCGCGUCGCCAUGGCCCCGGAGCCGGAGCGAGUCCCAAUGGCCCGGCAUCAGGACAGCCACCGGGCGUGGGGGACCCUGUGACCCCGGUUGCUCGGUGCUACCCCCUCCGCCCAGGCUGCCCUGGCCCCUGGACGGUCCUGGCCGCAGGCAGCAGGAAGCAACAGCAACAGCACAGCCUCCCCCUUAAGGGGGGGGGGGGGACGGGCGGAGGGGGGCCCAGUGGGGACCCUGGGUCCCUUCCUCCUUCUGAAGGUCCAGGAGGCCCUGCCCCGGGAAGAUGCCAGGGAGCUUGGGGUCACUGCUCCUGGGCCUCCUGAUAGCGGCUGCUGCGAGCCUGACCCCACGGAGGUCGGCCGUGGACCUGGACGUCACCCCGAGGAUGACCAUCCCCCAUGAAGAGCUGACUGGCACCCGGCUCUUUGGUGGCGGCACCCUGAACUACUCAACCCUCCUGCUGGAGGAGGCAGCCGGGUUGCUGCUUGUGGGGGCUCGUGGAGCCCUCUUCUCUCUUAACUCCAGUGACAUUGCCGACGGCGCCCACCGCGAGAUCCGCUGGGAAGCGUCAGCAGAGACACAGAAAGACUGCCUCAAAAAGGGAAAAAACAACCAGACAGAGUGUUUCAAUCACAUCCGGUUCCUGCAGCGGCUCAACGGGACUCACCUGUAUGUGUGCGGCACCCACGCCUUCCACCCGCUCUGUGCCGUCAUCGAUGCUGACAAGUUUACUUUACCUUCCAGCUUUGAAGAGGGGAAGGAGAAGUGUCCCUAUGACCCUGCUCGAGGCUACACGGGGCUUAUUGUAGAUGGGGGGCUGUACACCGCCACGCGGUACGAAUUCCGCAGCCUCCCCGACAUCCGGCGCAGCCUGCAUCCCCGGGCCCUCAAGACCGAGGAGUCGCCCAUGCACUGGCUCAAUGAUGCGGAGUUUGUGGCCUCCGUCCUGGUGCGGGAGAGUCAGGGCAGCUCCGUCGGAGACGACGACAAGCUCUACUACUUCUUCACGGAGCGGGCGACGGAGGAGAACGGGGGCAUUUUUGACCGGAGCCGGGCAGCCCGGGUGGCCCGUGUGGCCCGCGUCUGUAAGGGUGACCUGGGCGGGAAGAAGAUCCUGCAGAAGAAGUGGACCUCGUUCCUGAAGGCCCGCCUGGUGUGCCACGUGCCCUUCUACGAGGCUCUGCAGUCUGUCUGUAGUUUGGAUGGCGGCGCCUGGCGUUCCACGCUCUUCUACGCCACCUUCACCCUCUCCACACAGUGGAGAAGCGUGGAGGCCUCAGCCGUGUGCCGCUACAACCUGACAGAGGUGCAGGCCGCCUUCGCCGGCCCCUACAUGGAGUACCAGGACUCCUCCCGGAAAUGGGGACGCUACGAUGGCAAGGUGCCCGAGCCCCGGCCUGGAUCUUGCAUCACAGAUGGGUUGCGGCGUCGCGGCUACAACUCGUCGCAGGACCUCCCCAACAGUGUGCUGGACUUUGUGAAGCUGCACCCGCUGAUGGCCCAAGAGGUGGGGCCCGCCGGGGGGCGCCCACUGCUUCUCAAGAGGAACGUGCUGUACACCCAGCUGGCCGUGGCCCGAGUGGAUGCGUUGGAUGGCUGGCCUUACGACCUGCUCUUUAUGGGGACAGGGGACGGCUGGAUCCACAAGGCCGUGGUGCUGGGCUCCGGGGUGCACAUCAUCGAGGAGAUCCAGGCAUUCCCGGAGCCCCAGCCUGUGGAGAGCCUGGUUAUCUCCCUGGCCCAGCACAGCCUGUACGUGGGGGCGCCCAGUGGGGUCCUCCAGCUGCCUCUGUCCAGCUGCUUCCGCUAUGACUCCUGCUAUGCUUGCAUCCUGGCCCGUGACCCCUACUGCGCCUGGGAUGGGCAGCGGUGCUGCCAAGUGGCCAACGUGACCAACAGGGCGGGGCUGACCCAGGAUGUGGAGCGUGGGAAUCGUGGCUGUGUGAGCAUCCAGAUGGCUCCGCUCUGGCCGCCCCCGAAGAACCGGACCGUGAUCCGGGGCGACGACGUCCUGCUGGCCUGCGACCAGCCGUCCAACCUGGCCUGGGCCCUGUGGCAGCUCAACGGAAGCCGGACGCUGGCUGACGGACAGGAGGGCUACCGCGUCGGGGUGGACGGGCUCUUGGUGACCGACAGCCGGCCGGAGCAGAGCGGCCUCUACCGCUGCUACGCCCAGGAGAACGGGCUGCGUACCCUGCUGGCCGCCUACGCCCUGACCGUCCGGCCUGAACCCCCCGGCCGCCGGCCCCCGCCUAACGAGCUGACCCCGGCCCCGGUGUCCCCGGCCCGCGUGACGGCCGACGUGAAGUUGGCAUACAUCCUGGCGAUCGCGGUGUUGGGGGCCCUGUGCCUGGUGCUGGGCACCGUGCUAUUGCACGUGGCCUGCCGGAGCCGCCGCCGCCGGGGCAAAUUCAGGCCCGGUCUGGGGCCAGCUCGGGCCUGGCCCGGGGUCCACCUGCCCGUGGAGCUGCACACGGUCUCGGGCCAGAGCCCAGGGCCGGACGGGGGCGGGGCCGGGGAUGGGGCCGGGCCGGAGGGAGAGCCGGGCCCGGACCACCCCGCCGCCCACCUGCAGAUCAUCCCCGGCGAGGCCCCGGCACCCUCCCCGGCCCGCCGGCCGUCCCCGCCCCCGCCGCCGCCGCCCCCGCCUCCCUCGGAGUUGCCUAACGGGCUGGGGGCGCUGCCCAGCAUGCUGCGCAAGAUGAACGGCAACAGCUACGUGCUGCUGCAGCAGAGCGAGGACGGGCCCCCGCCCCACUUCAGCUCCUUAACCGAGGAGCUCAGCAAGUUCCUGGAGAAGCGCAAGCAUACGCAGCUGGUGGACAAACUGGACGAAAGCUCCGUCUGAGACCCUGCCACCCCCAACCCUGUGUCCCCGUCCCUCCCUCAUCUGCCCUCCCACCUCCCCCCGCCCGAGUUCUUCCCUCCCUCUGCAGGUUAGGGGUGGGGCGGGGGGCCGGGGCCACACCUCCCACCGGCGUCGCUGCCCGAGGGGUCCUCCCCCCGAGUGCCCCCCGGGCCGCAGCCGACUCUCUCCUCCCCAGCCUCCUCUCCAGCCCCGGCCCACCGUCAGGCCGUGCCGGGUCUCGUGAUUCUAUGUUGAACGUUAUUUAUAAAUAUGAGAGAAAUCUUUCCCUGAACACCACUGGGGAGUUUGGCCCCUCAGACCGCGGGGCGGGGGCCGGUGGUGGGGAUGGCUGCUGCUGCUGCUGAUCCCAGGGCCCCAUCUGCCCCUUCCCACCCCCUCCUGUCCUCUCCUGCCCCCUUCCUGUCCUCUCCUCUCACCGCUCACAGGACCCGCCUCCUCUGCUGAAAUCCCGAGAGGAUCCGAAGGCUCAGUUGGGCUCUGAGGCCAGGGACCUAUUUGCCACGGAAAUCCAGGACCGGAGCAGAGCUGCCACUUGCAGGGACUCUCACUGAGGCUGUGGCGGUCUUCCCUGGGUCCUGGAUCCUUCCAGCUGUCGGCGGGAGGUCCGCGGCCAUCAUUACCUCCUCUGCUAUUCCUUGGGAAGGGUGGGACCAGGGUCCAGAGCCCAGGGCCUGCUCCGUCGCCUUCCCCCCGGGGGCGGACAGGUGUGGGUCUGUGCAUGUGGGAGCACUGUUCUCCCCUUUCUGCUCUCCUCUUCAACUUCUCAUCCCGCAUUCCAGCCCCCUGCCCUGGGAGGGCAUUCUGGGGCUGAGUUUGCCUCUGUCCAGGAAUCCACUGUGGUACAAAGGAGGAGGAUUGGUGUGGCGGGGGGAGGAGGGAGUGUUCCUAGCAGCCAUGCAUCCUAAUCUCUCCACCCUCAAAUUAGGGCUCUUCACCUCAGCUGCAUCCUCCGAGACCCUCCCCUAGCCACCCCGGAAGAAGAGGGAGGAGGGAGGUCAGUCCCUUGAGCCCGGUCUCUACCAGCUCUGGACUCCAGGCUCCAUCUUUUCCACAUCUUUUGCCUUUUCCACACCCUCAACCCCUUCCCCAGUUCCACCUUCCAGUACCAGACAACCACUGUCUUCCUCCCCACACCCCAGCCAUAACCAGGGGCUAAGGCAAGGUGCCCAGAUUCCGUGCUCCUGGCCUGAGUCUCCCCUGCCCUUCCCCGUGGGGUCGGGAUGGGGUGCUGACAGAUGGGGAAGCGGUAAUGCUCCAUAAGGUAGUUUGGGGAAGAGCAGGCACCCUCCACUUAGACCUAUGCAAAGAGCAGGGAAGGGCUGAGGCGGGCAAAUUCCGGAGCGAACAGAGUUGUGCUGGGCUGGGGGUCAACACCUCGUUCUCUGUCCGGCUCCCGGGCUAGACCGUGGUUCCAGCAAGGCGAUGGACAAUCACGUGGUGGACUCGUCUCCGGGCGGACGGCCCUUCAGGUCCCCGGCCUCCUAGGGCACUGCACCCCUUCCUAGGGUGGGAGAACCUAGAGUCUUCGUUUGUUUUGUAAAGAGGAUGUGAAAACUGAACAUUGUACUGACAUUUUACUCAUCUGGGUCCCCACUCCCCUGGCCAGUGAAGGAGGGGGAACAGUCUCUCCUGAACCUGUCUCUAGCCCCCAGCCCCUCCCAGUUGGGGAUUGGGUUUUUCCUCUGGCCCCCAGGUUGAAUGUAUUUAUUACGAGAAUGGCUUUAUUUUAUUACCUCCCAUUUGUCCCCCUCCCGUGAGGCACUGGGGCUGAAGCAGCACCGCACAGGCUCUGUGAGUCCAUUCUGUCCCCUGCGCCCUCCUUCCCCCACCAGCAAUCAGUAAACGUCCAAAACCCAGGCA